UGCGCAGUCGGUAGCAGGCGCCGCGGCUGCGAUUCUCUGGCCGCUUUCGCGUCGGUCCUGCUGCUUUGAGAAAGGUGCGGGGAGGGAGGGGAGGGGAGUGGGAGUUCCGCGCGGUGACGUAAUGAGGUGCCGUAGCGACCACGUACCAAAGAGAGAAGAGCGGCUUCCGCAGUGAGAGAGUUUGGUGCGGCGGCUGCAGUUUCAUGUGGGGUUACCCUGGAUACUAGUUGCAAUGGGGUGUUUCCAUUCUGUGGACUCAAGUAACUAUUGCUCCAGGAGGCAAAAAGAGAAUGAUGAGGAUUUAUUGACCAAUAAAGAUCGAGAAGAAGAUAUUGCCAAGUUUCCAUAUGUUGAAUUCACUGGACGAGACAGCAUCACCUGUCCCUCCUGCCAAGGCACUGGCUGCAUUCCCACAGAGCAAGUUAACGAACUGGUUGCUUUGAUUCCAUAUCAUGAUCAAAGAUUAAAACCUCAAAGAACGAAACUCUACGUCUCUGUGUCAGUGCUGCUCUGUCUUCUAGCAUCAGGAUUGGUGGUCUUCUUUCUUUUUCCACAUUCAGUGCUUGUGGAUGACAAUGGCAUCAAGGUGGUUACAGUCUGGUUUGAUGAAAAAAACUCCCUAGUAAUUCUUUCCAUCACGGCCACCCUUCGGAUCCGGAAUUCCAAUUUCUAUUCUAUAGCAGUGACCAACUUGUCCAGUCAGGUGCAAUACAUGAACACUGUGGUUGGGACCCAACAAAUCAACAACGUUACUCGUAUCCAGCCACUGAGUGACCAGCUGGUAAAUUUCACCAUGAAAGCUGAAAUGGGUGGACCUUAUGUGUAUUUCUUCUGCACGCUGCCAAAGAUCCGAGUGCACAAUAUUGUGAUUUUUAUGAGAACUUCAGUGAAAAUCUCCUACAUUGGCCACACAUCUCAAAGUUCCUUGGAGACCUACAAUUACGUUGACUGUGGCGCCAACUUCACAGCUGACCAUUCUGGCUGGCCCUUAGCCCCCAACUCUAGGAGAUGAAGCUCAAAAGAAGGGCAGCUUAAGUCAGCUACAUAUACUGGUGAUCCUAACCAACUGGCUUCCAUUACUUUGUAACUUAUGAUGGGAUUUUUGUGUCUUUUGUUAUGAGGAGAAAGAAGAGGCUGUUUUAGCCCUUGGCACAAAGAAAGGGCUGGGAAUGAGGCCUUCGUUCCACAAUUUUUCACGGACAGUUGGGCUGAGCCUUGGUGCUGAUUUGAAGUGGAUUUGUUUAAUCCCAGUCCCCACCUUCUCUUCAGAUGUUAGUUUGUACCUUUCUUGUUAUCCCUCAUUGACUGACUUAGCUUCUGAAUAAGAUUUGUCAUGUUUACAAGUUUUUCCAUUAAAAUUUAAGAAAGGAUAAGUUUCUAAAAAUGUUUGGCUAGUCUACUAACUAUGAAACAUAUUUGAAGACAAUGGCCUGCUGACGUGGUUAUUACCAAUAAGGGAGCUAUUGUCCUAUUGUACAAAGGGAAAUAAUUUUGAAAGGUUUCUGUGUACUCUUUAAAACUCUUGUCUUAUUGUCAGAGAAACCAAGAAUAUGUAUCGCAUAAGUCCCACUGAAACAUCUGAAUGUAGCAAGUUGCACUCUUUAUAUGUGAGAUCCCUAUAAAUAUGUAUCUUUUCAUUGAUACAACUUUUACUAUGACUUUCAUACUUCCGUGCACACAUCAUUCUAAAGAGCACACAAUUGAAUUAAGAAUUAUCACAUUUGCUGAAUCUAUAGUACUUUGAUUUUUUUUUUGCCUACAAGAAUGAGCAUGGUGGAAGGGCUCUUCGGGUUUUCACAGAAGUGGUGAGCACUUUUUAAACUGGAUCUCCAAAGUCUCUGAAUUGGGAUGACACUGGCUUAGCUGGCCUUUAUUAUUAGCACAGAAGAAUUUGAUUGUGCAGAUUUUGGUAGGGGGUGGGAAUACUUGGUUUUCUACAAAAAGAGAUUAAUCUUAAUGUUGCUGUGUAGUACGACUUCUUAAAAAGAUUAGUGUGGGAUAUGCAUUUAAAAAGUAACAUUGGAAUUGGGCAAAGAUAUAUCUAUAGGAAAUAGUCUUAUUUUUUUUUCAAAUACCAAUUAUAGCACUUUAAAAGUUUCAGCAUUCUAACUCAUCUCUUACAGUCUCUUGAAGAAGAAAAAGAAACCUAUUUAAACUUGAAGUAAACUUUAAAUUUUAUUUUUUACUCUUUCAAUGAUGGGGGAAUUUAUGUUCAUUUAGAAUCUGUACUUUUUCAGUUUGGCAGACUGGAUUCCUAAAAUGAAGAAUAAACCCUUAAAUCUCC